CUUUUUACAGAAAAGACAAAAUUUGUCUAGUUUUGUUAGUUUUAUAAAACACAAGUUCAACAACAAGUAACUGAAGAUGAAUGUAUUACCUGCACAGCCGAUCGGAAUACAGAGUACAGCAGGUGCUGUACCUGUUCGAAAUGAAAAAGGUGAAAUAUCUAUGCAAAAAGUGAAAGUGCAAAGAUACAUAUCUGGUAAGAAGCCAGAUUACGCUCAAGGUGUUUCAUCCUCAGAAGAAUCUGACGCGGAAGAUUUUAUAGAACAGCAAAGACCAGAACGUAGACAUCAAAUAGCUCAAAUAAUCAGCCGAAAAGAAGACCUGCAGAGUGAUUCUGAUACUGAAAAAGAUGAUCCCCGUCUUCGUCGUUUACGUGUCGCGGCUCACUCGCCUCCACGUCGCGCUGAACACAAACCAGAGAUCAUUGACGCUGAGCCUGAACAAGAGUCAGAAUCUAGUGAAGAGGAAGCAAGACACAGUUCGGAGAGUGAGGAUGAACUGGAUGAGGAAGAAAUUGAAAGACGUCGCCAGGCUGUUAAAGCUAAACUUGCUGCACGUGAGGCUGAAAAGGAGGUCCUUGGAAGAGAUGAUGAUGAAGAAAUGUUGGAUGGUGACAGAGAGGAGAGCGGCUCAUCCGACACCGAGUACACAGACAGUGAAGAGGAUACAGGACCUAGGGUGAAACCUGUGUUUGUAAGGGCCUCUGAUAGAAUGACUGUAGCGGAGCGGGAACGUAAACAGAAGCAACAGAAGAAAGAGGAGUCAGAAGCUAGGAAGGAAAAAGAAGAAAGGAGAAGAGAAGCGUUGAAGUUGGUCGAGGAGACCAUUCGCUCUGAACAGAGAAAUACACAGUCGGAACACAAAGAAGGUAACAUCAACGACGUGUGUACGGACGAUGAAAACGACGAGCUCGAGUAUGAAGCGUGGAAGUUGCGUGAAAUGAAACGAAUUAAACGCGACAAGGAGGAGAGAGAGGCGAUAGAGAAAGAAUUGUUGGCGAUAGAGCGCUUGCGCAAUAUGACUGAGGAAGAGAGACGCGUCGAACAGCGAAUCAACCCCAAGGUCGUUACCAACAAGUCCGUUAAGGGCAAAUAUAAGUUUCUGCAGAAGUAUUAUCACAGAGGUGCUUUCUACUUGGAUAAGGAGGAUGAAGUGUUCAAGCAAGAUUUCUCGGGACCAACAUUAGACGAUCACUUUGAUAAGACUGUUUUACCAAAGGUUAUGCAAGUUAAGAAGUUCGGUAGAUCAGGAAGAACAAAAUAUACGCAUUUGGUAGAUCAAGACACUACAGAAUUUGACUCGGCUUGGAGUAACGAAGGUUCAGCGGCGCGGCUCGCUAACUUCCGAGGAGGAAUGAAGCAAGUCUUUGAGAGGCCGUCGGCUAAACGAAAGCAUAAUGUGUAAAUAAACCACCGUUUUAACGUAUAAAUAAAAUUUUAACACUUGUA